AGGAGUCGCUGCUCCGCUGUGAGAGGUCAGCAGAGCGGGGAUGACCCCCGGAGAGGACUGGACACAGAGGAGCUCAGAUUGCCUGGUUGUAUGGUUACAGAUGGAUGUUCUUCUCUGGCAUCAGCUCUAAAAUCAAACUCUUCCUACUGAGAUGUUUUUUUCCUUAGUGUGCAGCACAGAGAGAUCAAGAUGAACCCGCAACUAAGAAGCUAUUCCUGUUCUCUCACUCUGGAUCCAAACACCGCGAACAGAUAUCUCUGUCUGUCCGAUGGGAACAGAAAGGUGGAGUAUGUGGGAGAGGAGCAGCCGUAUCCGCAUCAUCCGGACAGAUUUGACGACUGGUCGCAGGUCCUGAGUGUGGAGAGUCUGACCGGACGCUGCUACUGGGAGGUUGAGUGCAGUGGGAGAGCUGAAAUAGCCGUGACGUACAGAAGGAUCAGGAGGAGAGGAUACAGUGACUGUCUGUUUGGCCUCAAUAAUCACUCCUGGAGGCUCUACUGCUCCUAUGAUGGCUACUCUGUCUGUCACAACAAUAAGAUCACGGCCAUACCUUCCCCUCCCUCAAACUCCAGCAGAGUAGGAGUGUACCUGGACUGGGGCUUUGGCACUCUGUCCUUCUAUAGCAUCUCACCCAACACAGGUGCACUUACCCACCUGCACACAUUCACUAACACUUUCACUGAGCCGCUCUACGCCGGGUUCAGGGUUUGGGAUUACUCCUCGGUUCAUCUUCGUAAGAUAGAAUAGAUGGACACUUUAUUAAAGGCUGCCUACGAAGGGACUUCAUUACACAUGCAUAAGCAUUCAAUUUAAAGUUUUAUGUCAUUAAUUACAAGAUAACAUAAGACGACAUAAGGGGCCUUAAACAUAAAUCAACGUUGUUCCCUUUAACACUGUUAUGUAACAUGACUGAUGGAGAUUAUACUAGGCUUGGUCGAAGCUCUGUUACUUGGGAAUGUUGUAAAUUAUGUUUAUGAAAUGUCAGUUAGCUGUAUAUAAAGGCUUACCAGGGUGUGGUUAUUUAAAAAGAUUUUUUUUUCAAACCUCUGUCCUUUCAUACAUCACUGAAAACUGUUUAUACAUCACUGAAAACUCUUAGUGUUGUAGUUCUGAGGAAUGUUGAUGAUUUGAAAAGUUAAAAAGUUAAACCCAUCUCUUCACCAAGUCCUCCCAGGAGCAGAGGCUGUGUCUGUAUUUAACAGGUUUAAUAAUGAACUUUGAACCUGAUAGAACAGAGUAUGAUCCUUUUGAAAGGGAUUCAUACUGAAAGGACAUAGGCAUAGAUGGUGUGUUUGCAUAGAAACUGCCAAGUCACUUUUAUUUGUAUUGCACAUUUAAAACGAUAGCAGUUGACCCAAAGUGCUCUCCAGUCAAGGUGGAUGAAUUAACAAAACAAGUAAACAAGAAUAAAAAAAAGAGUACAAGUGAAAACAAGACUUAAGAAAAACACAUAAGAAUAAAAAAACAAAGGAGCAAAAAUAACAAAUAGAAACAAAACAUAAAAACUGAAGGAAAUAGAUUAUUAUAAAAGGAAUAAUGCAUAAAAGGCCACAUUCAGUAUAAAACACUCCAACAGAUUAAAACGCAGUAAGAGGUCUGUUAAAAAUAGAGUGGGCUUGACAACAACCACAGGGUCACCCCUCAAACUGAGCUAAAGACGAGAAAAAAAAGGGGGGGGGUGGAUCUUAAAGUGUGAUGUGAGAGAAUUCCAGAGGCUGGGGGCAGCGACAGACAAAGCCUGGUCACCUUUGGUUUGGAGGCGUGAGUGAGGGACUGAGAGGAGGUUGUUCUGAGGAUGACCUAAUUGACCUGGAGGCAGAAUGUGGAGUAAGAAAAUCAGUGAUGUGUUGUGAAGCUCAUCAGUUUAGGAUUUUAAAAACAUAUUUUGUAUUUCACUGUUAAACAGUGUAAGUAAGCCAGAUCAGCAGUGAUGUGUUGUCUUUUCUUGGUUGCACAAUUGCAUGUUUAAAGCUGGGAGGGACGACUCCAUUCGGUACAGGACUGUUAACUACAAGCAAAAUAAAGGGGCAGAUUGUGACAAACACUUCCUUAAAGAUGCAUGACGGUAUGAGGUCUUGGGGACAAUAGGUGGGGUUCAUGUGUGAGACCACCUCAGACGGCUGGGAGGAUGACGCUGGUUGAAACUGCGGGAGGUGGCUGACUGGAUGUUGUCUCUCUGAGGGGUCAGAGUCUGGAGGUGAGAUCUGAGAUCUUACGUUUUCAAUUUUGUGGAUAAAGAAAUGAAGAAGUUUCUCAGUUUCAGUGGUAGAACCUGAGGUAGCAGCAGCCGGAUUUACGACAGAGGUAAUUCUGUUGAACAAUCUUUUAGGUCUGUGGUCAUUUUUAUGAAUUAGUUGAGUAUAAUAUUGUGCCUUAGCCAUUUUAUCAGUUAUGGUAAAACUUUAUACAAUUUCCUAAAACUUCAUAUGAGAUUUGGAGUUUGUCCUUUUUCCGUUUGCACAGUGCCGUCCUGCAAGAUCGUCCAAGAGGACCAGUGGGGAGGUAAAGAGGCAGCGAUGUGUAAAUGAAAGGGAGGGGGCAGCAUGGAGACAUUCAGCUCCAAGGAUCUGGCCAUGAAGGCCCAGAAGAAGUUCCUCAGCCACAUGGCCAGUAAGUCGAUGGCCCAGAUGAUGGUGGACGACACCAGCGGAGAAGUUCUGGACGAGCUGUACCGGGUCUCUAAGCUGCACACCGGGAACCGCGCCGAGGCCCAGAAGGUCCUGAAGAACCUGGUGAAGGUGGCUGUGAAGGUGGCGAUUCUGAUACGCCAUGAUAAAUUCAGCAAAGACGAGCUCAAAGUGGCUCAGGAGUUCAGAAAGAAACUCCACAAUGGGGCCAUGACGGCUAUCAGCUUUCAGGAGGUGGAGUACACCUUUGAUAAAGCAGUGAUGAUUGAAGUUCUGACUGAAUGCCGUGAUCUGCUCAUCCACCUGGUGGAGAAUCAUCUCACUCCGAAAUCCGUCGGCCGAAUCCAGCACGUCUUCAACCACUACUCAGACCCGGACCUGCUCACUCACCUGUAUGACCCGAAAGGGACUCUGUGGCCCAGCCUGACCAAAAUCUGCUCCGGACUCAACCGCAUGAUCGAGGAGAAUAAACUAUAAUCAGCAUACAUGAACGUGGAGUGAGAGAGAGUGAGUGGGAGAGUGUGUGAGUGAGUGAGUGAGUGAGUGUGUGAGUGAGUGAGUGAGAGAGUGUGUGUGUAAGUGAAAGAGUGUGAG